UCUGGUAGCUGGAAAGCAUGACCAGGGCCACAGCCCCAAGACGGGACUCGGAGUCAUGUCUCGUGCUGGGUCAUGCACAUCCACUGGUAUCAGUACCACUGCCGUACCAGUGGUUCAACAGCUCAUCCACAGCACCUUGCGAGUGAGACCAAGAACAAGUGCCAAAUUUGUCAUGCUUCCCACAAGCCCAGGCCAGUCUGAUCCACAUUCUCUGAUAAAUUCAGGAGGCAGGAGAUGCCAUUGCCAUUCGAGGUUGGAAAGCGUCACCAGCAUGACACUCUCCUCGUGCCUUGUCGCCGGAUCCCUCCUGAUCGUAGCAGUAGUAGCUCCGGUUUAUUCGAGCGCCGAGCAGAGGAGCAACGGGCGCGGGCAGUUUUUGGUUGCCAAUGCGAGCUCCGCUCGUGAUCAGAGGCAGGCUCCGUCUUGCCACACAUCACCUGCGCCUCCGCCGCCACUUCCACCAUGUUCUGGCCACCAUGAUCAUCGUCAAGAAGCUCCGGUUCCACCGUUGAGACUUCUUGGUUCGCGGAGGCCUGUUGCAGGCCCGCCCCCGCCGCAGCACGGACCUCCACGGGGUCGUCGUACGAGGUAUCCGCCGCCGCCCCCACCGCCGCCAUGCUUGUAGCUGUAGCUGUUGCAGAUGGCUGUCUUGCUGGCGUCCCGUUCCCUGUAUUACUUUAGUAAUAAUAUUUCCUCGACAUU